AUGGAUUACAUACGCGACAGCAAUGUGGACCUGUGUGCAAUCACUGAAACUUGGUUGACUCCAGAUGACGCAGCGGUAAGGGCAGAACUUUGUCCUAAUGGAUUCAAGUUUCUAGACAACCCUCGCACUGGCCGCCGUGGUGGCGGGAUUGGGUUGCUUUACCGCGACUCUUUGCAGGUCAAAACAAUCAACUCGGGAGAGAAGAGCUCGUUUGAAUUCUCUGAGUGCAUUGUGACAUCAUCAUCCUCUCGCGAUCUACGAGUUGUCAAUAUUUACCGCCCCCCAUAUUCUGGUGAGCACAACGUUACCACCUCAGUAUUUUUUACGGAGUUUGCGAACUAUAUUGAAGCCUUCCUGUUAUGUAAAGAGCAGUUGAUAAUUACGGGGGAUUUCAACAUACAUAUCGAUUCCCCUGAACAACCGGAUGCACGGACGUUCCUCGACCUCUUAGAUUCUUUCGGUCUUAAACAGAAUGUUAUGCAACCUACUCAUAUCAGCGGACACACCUUGGUCCUACUUAUUACUCGCAUAUCAGAAGAUAUUAUAAAGGACCCUCCUGUUGUUGAUCGCUUUAUAUCAGACCAUGCUUCAAUUCUGUGCAAUCUGCAGCAAGCAAAACCAGCUCUAACUAUAGUGUCGAGAAUCUACAGGAAGAUUAAAUCUGUGAAUCUGGCAUCACUCGAGGCAGAUUUAGGUAUGUCUGGAUUAUGUAGGGAUUUACUCGAAGAAUAUGAUCUUGAUGAACUUGUUCGGAAAUACGAUAACGUACUUUCUGAUGUUACAGAACGUCACGCCUCCUUUGAAGACCAAGAGAAUGGUGGCGAGACCUGCUGUUCCCUGGUACAACGAGGAGAUUGAUAUUGCUAAACGGUUACGACGAAAAGCCGAAAGGAAGUGGAGGAGAAGCAAAUCGGUCGUUGACUUUACUCACUUUAAACAGAAGAGAAACCAGGUGACGUACAUCAUGAAUCAGGCCAGACGGAAAUUCUACGCCGAUUUUAUUGAAGAGAAUAGGGCAGAGCAGGGACAAUUAUUUAAGGCCGCCAAAAAACUUCUGGGAAAAAAAGAGGAACUAUCUUUUCCAGAUCAUUUUGAAAAAGUGUCCUUGGCCACUGACAUCGGCAGAUUUUUUGUAAGGAAAAUUGGGAAUAUACGCUCAGACAUUAACGCGGUCCAAUUCGAUUUUGAUGUAGUACCCAAGGAUCUGGUGCUAAACGAAACUCAGACAUUCGGUGAUUUUCAGCAACUCACUGAGGAGGAUGUAACAGCGCUAGUACAAAAGUCAGGGAAAAAAUCAUGUGCACUUGAUCCCAUGCCUACCGGAUUAGUAGUCAAGUGCCUUGGAACACUUCUACCUGUAUUAACUCGCAUAAUUAAUUUAUCUCUUGCAUCUGGGAAAUUUUCUGAAGAGUGGAAGGAAGCACUUGUGGUUCCAUUGUUAAAACACCAGGGGUUGAAUCUGGAAUUCUGCAAUCUUCGCCCAAUUAGUAACCUUCAGUAUGUAUCGAAGUUGAUAGAACGAGCUGUUUUCGAGCAGAUGAAUAACCACAUGAUGCAGUUUGGACUUUAUCCUGUUUUACAAUCAGCAUAUCGCAAGGGACACAGCACGGAGACCAUUCUCCUCAAGAUACAGAAUGAUAUUCUUCUCAAUAUGGAUAAACAGAACGUAACCUUGUUGGUGUUCCUGGAUUUGAGCGCCGCAUUUGACACUGUGGACCAUGACAUCCUUAUUUCACGCUUGCAGUCUAGUUUUGGGAUUAAAGGAAAUGUCUUGAACUGGUUUUCAUCAUACCUAUCAAACAGAACACAACGCGUGACUCUUAGCGGUUGUGUUUCGGACAGUUUCUCCCUGGAACAAGGUAUUCCACAAGGUUCUUGCUUAGGACCGUUGCUAUUUACAAUAUACGCUA